CAAAAACCCUUCAAAAUCACAACCGACCGAAGGCUGAACCCUCGCGAGAAGGAAAAAGGACUCAUUUGAGAAGCAACGAAGACGCUUCCAUCCCUCCCUGGUGGUUUGCUCGAGAUUGUGGAUUUGAACUCGGAUAUGGAGCUCUUGCGAGCGAACCUCUCUAGGGUUCGAAUUCCUGAACCCACCACUCGAAUCUACAAGCAAGAGUGCUGCAUUUCUUUCGAUACUCCGAAAUCUGAAGGUGGGCUGUUUGUUGAUAUGAACACAUUUCUUGCCUUUGGGAAGGAAUGUGUGGAAUGGAAUUUUCAGAAGACUGGAAAUCGAGUUUAUUUGCAUAUAAAGCAGACAGAAAAGCCAGUUUCUGAAGAUAGACCUCGGAAGAAACCCACCCGGUUGGCUAUAGGUCUUGAAGGGGGGUUUGACAACAAUGAACCUGAAUAUGAAGAAGCAUACAAUAUAGUUAUUUUGCCCGACUACAUAUCUCUUCCCUUUCCAUCUGUUGAAUUGCCAGAGAAGGUUAGGUUGGCAGUUGAUGCUAUUUUGAUGGCUGAGGGGGCUGAGAGGAAGGAGCAAGUUGCAUCCUGGACUGCUGAUAAGAAACAAAUUAGUCCAUAUGCCACAGAUCUGCAACAGCUUGACCAUGGAGUUACUGUUCCUCCAUCUGGCUGGAAAUGUGCCAAGUGUGACAAGACUGAAAAUCUCUGGUUAAAUUUGACUGAUGGAAUGAUCCUUUGUGGUAGGAGAAAUUGGGAUGGAAGUGGUGGUAACAAUCAUGCCAUUGAACAUUAUAAUGAAACAGGAUACCCUCUUGCUGUAAAGCUUGGCACAAUAACUGCUGAUCUAGAUGCAGCAGAUGUUUUUUCUUAUCCGGAGGAUGAAAGCGUUCUGGAUCCACUUUUAGGGCAGCAUCUGGCUUUCUUUGGCAUUGAUUUUUCAUCACUACAGAAGACUGAAAUGACGACUGCUGAAAGGGAACUUGACCAAAACACCAACUAUGAUUGGAACCGCAUUCAAGAAAGUGGACAGGAGAUGGAACCACUUUUUGGACCUGGUUAUACAGGACUUGUCAAUUUGGGGAAUAGUUGCUACAUGGCUGCAACUAUGCAAGUCGUGUUCUCUACACAUUCCUUUUAUUCACGAUACUACAAAAACCUAAGUUUGAAAACAGCUUUUGAGGCUGCACCAGCUGAUCCGACUGUAGACCUGAAUAUGCAACUAACUAAACUGGCAAAUGGGUUACUAUCUGGUAAAUAUUCAGUACCUGCAUCAGAGAAAGAUGACUGCUUACAUGCUGCAAACUCGACUCCAACCACGAAACAGGAGGGUAUACCACCUCGUAUGUUCAAGCAAGUCAUUGCUGCUAGUCAUCCCGAAUUUUCUACUAUGAGACAACAGGAUGCAUUAGAAUUCUUUCUUCAUUUCAUUGACCAAGUUGAACGAGUCAAUUCUGCGAAGCCUGAAGCAGAUCCUUCAAGGAGUUUCAAGUUUGGCAUUGAAGAGCGACUGGCAUGUCCCUCUGGAAAAGUUGCCUACAAUAGAAGGCAUGACUAUAUUCUUUCUCUAAGCAUACCACUGUAUAAAGCUACUAACAAAGAUGAGCUGGAAGCCAUGAACAAAUCAAAGGCAGAAAUAAAUUCAGAAGGAAAAGAAAUCAGGUCUGCUGAUCAAAUUAUUCGCCCAAGAGUACAUUUGCAUGAUUGCUUAUUGAGCUUUGUUGCAGAAGAGGAGGUGCAUGAUUUUUACAGCACAGAAUUAAAAGCUAAAGUAACAGCAACCAAAGCUGCUCGUUUGACUUCAUUUCCAGAUUAUCUGGUGCUGCACAUGCGAAAAUUUGUGAUGGAGGAAGGCUGGGUUCCAAAAAAGCUUGAUGUCUAUAUCGAUGUUCCCGAUACCAUAGAUAUUAGUUACAUGCGCAGCAAGGGUCUUCAACCUGGGGAGGAGCUUUUACCUGAAAACGAUAAUGGGGAUCUGGCACAAUCAAAGAAUGUUUUGGCUGAUGAGGUUAUAGUUUCUCAACUUGUGUCAAUGGGGUUUAACCAUCUUCAUUGUCAAAAAGCUGCUAUCAACAGUUCAAAUGCUGGAGUGGAAGAGGCAAUGAAUUGGUUACUAUCUCACAUGGAUGAUCCAGAUAUUGAUGCACCAAUCUGCCAAGAUGCUCGAAGUGAUGGGAUGCUAUCAUCACUUGUUGAUCAAUCUAAAGUGGACACAUUGAUUUCUUUUGGUUUUGAGGAAAAGAUAGCCAGGAAAGCACUGGAGGCAUCGGGUGGUGACAUUGAGAAAGCAACAGAUUGGAUCUUUAACCUUAAUGUCUCUGGUUCAUCAGAUAUGGAUGUUUCAUCAAGCACUGCAUCAACUGUUGAUUCUGCACUGCCUGAUGGUGGAGGAAAAUAUAAACUUAUGGGCAUAGUAAGCCACAUUGGUACUUCUACCCAUUGUGGUCACUAUGUCGCGCACAUCUACAAAGAAGGGAGGUGGGUAAUUUUCAAUGAUGAUAAAGUUGGGGUCUCCAAAAACCCUCCCAAGGACAUGGGAUACUUGUAUAUUUUUGAAAGGCUCAACAGUUGAAAGCCAAGAUAUACCUCAGUUGAAAGACUUUUGAGUGAUUGAAGAGCUAGAAAGGAGCAUUAAUCUCUUGGAAUCUUGUUGACCUUUGCUCUGUUGGUCAUGAUAAACAUUUUACCCAUUUAAUACUUAACUUGUACCUGUGGCUUCAGGCAUUAGCAUUCAUGGAACGUUACAGGUUUCUGGUGGCAUGUCAAACUAAAGUGUUCAUCAAAGGAAAGAGAGGAUAAAUUGGCGGGAAUGGAAUAAUUCCUUGCGUAGGAUUUUAUGUUUGCUGCUCAGUUCUGACUUAUUUCUGGAGGGAAGGGUGCUAUAGUGUUUCAGCUUUGAAAGAGGAGAGGAGGAGGUUGAACAACAAGAGUAGGUUGUACUGUUGGAUCAAAUAACUGUAUUACAGUUUUCUGAACUUAGUUCAAGAUUCAAAUUUCAUAUUUUGUGAUUACAUCUUUCAUUGCGCUGUUUGAUUUGGUCAGUGAUGCUUGUUCCCUACAAUUUUUCUGUAGGGAUGAUGUUGGUUAUCAAAUUGCAUUUUGAUUUUCUGUU